AUGCCUAAAAGCGAUACCUGGCCAGGUGGGACUGGAUUGGAGAGGAUGAAUGGCAUGGACAGUGCUGGCAGCUGUGACAGCGUUGUCAGUGCCAAUUCUGCCUUUAGUGAUGAUAGUCUGGAGCAUCUGUCUGCUGAAGAGAGGGCCUGUCUCAUGUUUUUGGAGGAGACUAUCGAGUCUUUGGAUACUGAGGAGGAUAGUGGGCUGUCCAAUGACGAACCUGAACAACUGCCCAGCCAUGGCAACCUUGCUAACAAACUGGCUGACCUGUCAGUUUCCAUGAGCAAGAGCAAGUUCAACGGUUCACAGAUACACGACUCUAAGGAACUCAUCAAAGAAAAUGUUGACGUCAAACCCGUGCAGAGCUACCUGGUUCCCACACCUUUUGUUCUUGCAAGCAGUUCAAUACCCACAACUAAAACCCUGUAUUCUAAAAAUCAGGUCACGUUUCAGAACAACAAACUUGAUCACAAACACAACCAGACACCUAUUGCUCCCCCAGUACCCUUAGAGGUUAAUGUUGUGAUACCUCCUUCCACGAAACCCAGGGACUACUUAGGUAGGACAGCUGAGGGUCCUUUACCGAGAGGACCUCUAUCCUAUGAUGCACUAGUUCAUUUGCGGAGGAGUGCCUCUGCAAAGAAGACACCUUUAUGUCCCAGAAUUGAUCACACUAUAGACUUGGAAAUGCACCUUCCUGCCCCAGUGGAAGGCCCAAACUUUGGAAAUCCAUCAAGAGCUGACAGGUCCCACUCAGAAGUUUCCAAUUCUAAAAUAAGCCUCCCAGUUGUGGCCCCCAAGCCCAAGAUUCCAGCCAACAUUACUGUAAAAACAAAAAAUGAAGGAUCCAAAACCUCAGGCACUUCACAUGGUGGGAAGCAUGCCACAGAUCCACAGGUGGUGAGACUUGAAGCUUUGCAGAAGCUGGGCCUCCUGAAAGACCAAGAGCCAGAAAAUGAGGUCGUAGCCCCGCUGCCUCCUCCCAAAUCUCACACCUCUCUGGACCCAACACCAAACAGAUUUGCAAGGGCUCCAUCUAAUUGUAAUCCAUCAAGGAGCCCAUCGUUCUGUUACUCUAAAGUGCCCACAGAGCCCAAGAGCAGGCCUCUACAGAGCAGUGCCAGUUUCCAUCACGGUUCCAGGCGUGACGAGCAACCAGUGUUGAUAUCGCAUCCUGCUCAGUCCAGUGGAUUAAAGACAGCUGGUCUGAAGCACUGUGUCACUCCAGACAACCAAAGAAACUACCCUGAACCACAACUCAUCCAAUCAGCCACACCAGUGAAAAUCACCACUACAGCUCAGCCCACAAACUCCGUCGGAUAUACUGUGAUGGUGGUACCUGGUAUGGGAGCUGAUCGAAAAGAGGCUCUCAGAAAGCUUGGACUGCUCAAAGACUGA